UGUGGACCCGAAAAGGAAAAAUGCUUUUGAAAAACACGGGUGUCCCCUAUUGGACAUAAUUUGUAGUGUUAGCAACGCUUUUUAUUUGCUAUGGAAGCCACAACAAUUGAUUAGCAAAAACCAAAGAGGAAGAAGAUUCGCGGUCUGGGUCGAGACGGUUUGAGAUGUGUCAUACUGGAGUCAUCAAAGUAAUCGUUUUAUUCGCACUGGUUUGGCUAAGUUUGAUCUCAAAACCACCAGUCGAAGCUGUCAGGCUUUAGUUAACGUUACUUUGCAAACUAAUAAUCGUUGUUGAUACAGAUAAUUAAAAAAACAGCCUACCUGUCAUGAAAGAGACCAUGAAGAGCGUGAGUCAAGAGCAGGCGAGCAAACUGCUGCACAACAAGUUUGUGGUUGUGCUGGGCGACUCCAUCCAACGUGCGGUAUACAAAGACUUAGUCCUCCUGUUACAGAAGGACAGAUACCUCUCUCAGUCCCAACUCAAGACCAAGGGAGAGCUGGUGUUUGAGCAUGACUGCCUGGUGGAGGGGGGCCGCACGGGCCUCAUGACUAACGGGACGGAGUACCGGGAGGUGCGUCAGUACCGCUCGGACCACCACCUGGUGCGCUUCUACUUCCUGACGCGGAUCUUCUCCCGCUACGUGCAGAGCGUGCUGGAGGACUUCCGCUGCGGCCUGAGCCCAGACGUGGUCGUGGUCAACUCCUGUGUCUGGGACGUCUCCAGGUACGACUCUCUGUGGGUGAGGGACUACAGGGAGAACCUGGAGCGGUUCUUCGAGCAGCUGCGCAGCGUUCUCCCAGAGGAGUGCCUGGUGGUGUGGAACCUCACCAUGCCGCUGGGCAAGAACAUCACAGGAGGGUUCCUGGUGCCGGAGAUCGCCCACAUGGGCCCCACGCUGCGUUACGACAUCGUGGAGGCGAACUUCUACGCAGGCAAGCUGGCGGACGCCUACGGGCUGGACGUGCUGGACCUGCACUUCCUGUUCCGCUUCAGCCUGCAGCACCGCAUGCGCGACGGCGUGCACUGGAACGCCCUGGCCCACCGGCGAAUCAGCACGCUGCUGCUGCGGCACGCCGCCCAGGCCUGGGGCGUGGCCCUUCCCGAUCCCAGUGAGGGGCCCAACCAGAAGCCUAUCUGUGACAGCCACACUAUGACCUUUGCUCCUCCCCCCUCCCUCCCUGAGCUGCAGUACUGGGGGAACGGGGAGCACUUCUACAUGGACUCCCUCCCGUCCUGCCCCAGCUCGUCCUCGGGGUACUUCAGCUUCGAGGAGGAGUGGGGCGCCCCCCCUGCCCCAGCCCUGCGCCCCCUCGCCCCGCACCACCCUGCCCCAGCCCUGCGCCCCCUCGCUGCCCUGCGCCCCCCUGCCCCAGAACCACGCCCCCUCGCUGCCCCCAAGAGACGCACCCCACCCGCUCCCCAGCACCCACGCGGCCGGGCAAGGGCACGCCCCCGGGCAAGGGCACGCGCCCCACACGUAGCCUAUCACACAGACCAUCACCACCGCCUGGCCCCGCCCCAGUACUGGCCAGAGAACCAAUACGUGAUGAGGAACCGUCACACCAGGCGAGACCACGCCCCCUAUGGUUACCAGAGACAAGCCCACUACCCCUACCCCCCCUACUAGCACUGCCCCCCCCGCCUGCAGCUUCCAGUUCAGUAUUAUGACCUCAUGGUCUGUUGUUAUGGAAACGGUUAUGUUGUUAUGGAACCAGUUCUGUUAUGGUUACCUGUCAAUAUUUAUUGCUUUUCAUUGUUUCAUGAGGGAUUUUUCUGUGAAGCAUUUUUAAGACUUAACGCACUUUUGUGCCUUAGGAUGACAUUUUUGAAAAUUAUUUAACUCUCGAAAAACCUACUUUUAAGUGUUAAAAUGUGUGGAAUUGUUAGUUUGUGUGCUUAUUGCUCUCUUAAGUGUGAAGUAUUAUGAUUGUAGUGUGUGUUUAACAUUUUGACCCUGUUCCCUCCAGAAUUUGUGUGUGUUUCACAGUAGCAUUUUCUUUUUUUACUCUGGAUGUUUGCGCUUUUAUGCAUUGGGUGCUAUUGUUGUUCACCUUGAGGGACGUAGUUUAGUAUUAAACAGAAAACAUUCGUACCAGCCGUGUAAGAACUU